CUAGAGCUUUAGCGGAGCGUGGGGGUGCGAGAAAGGGUGGCGUUCCGCACCAAUAGCGCCUCAGCGUUCAGGGUUGUCCCUGGGCGGUACCCUCACUCUUCUGGACCCGGGUGCUGCUUCCGGCUGAGCUAGGAGGUCGCGCAGGCAGGAGGCCUCGGUCGGAAGGGAGGGAGCGGCAGCAUCCAGGGGACAACAUGCCAACUGCCAAGCAACUAGCCGACAUUGGCUACAAGACCUUCUCCACCUCCAUGAUGCUCCUCACUGUUUACGGGGGCUACCUCUGCAGUGCCCGAGUCUACCACUAUUUCCAGCGGCGCAGCUCCCAGCGCCAGGCUGCAGAAGAACAGAAGACCUCAGGAGUCCCGUAGAACUGGGGGGCUUUUUUCCUUGAGCAGAGAGACCUGAGGCAUGUUGUGGAAAGACCUCACCUGCAAUCAUUUCUGAGUCAAGAGGAUCAGGGCCUUAAUGGUUUUCGAACUCUGCUGGGAAAAAGUGCCCAUGUUUUUUCUGGUACAGUCAGUUUGGAGAGGCUACUGAAUCAUAACAGGAAUGGGAGGGUGAGGCACACCUACAGACAUUAAAUAUUUUGCCAUGUC